UCAAGAGAAUUAGCUGAAUAUCAACCGAUUGUGGCCAUGUUGGAGCAUGGUCUCACCUUGAAGGACAUUUCCAUCAGCUAUCAAAGUCCAGCAAAAGCUUAAAUUGUAUGCGAGAUAGCUCCAAGAAACUAGAAGAGCAACCAGCACAACCGGUGAGAAGUUGACGGUGGUUAUGAUGGCAUUCUGAAUUUUGUCCAGUGUGCCUUUGGCCAUUGGAAGGUUGGAGUGCUCGAACAGUCGCGGUCACAAAAUUUGGGCAAAAUCUUGGACAAAAACGGCGAAAGCCAGGCGCGCGCGUUGACAAUUGUAGUUUGUUCUGACGUUCCAAAUCCGACAUCAUGCACGCGAUGGAUGACGGGCACAGUCAAGACGGGAAGGAACCAUUGCUCUCCACCCCUUCCGAUCAAGACUUUACGGUGCCGGACGAGAUUUUGAGAAAGACAGCCGAGUACACUGAAGUGUCUGACGCUGAGAACCCGUACAUUCUCAAUGAACAGACUUUUCGUCAGCAGUAUGCCAAUAUCUAUUUUAUUCGACUUACAAAAUUGAGAGCCGCAACCCUUGAGGCAGCCCGGGAGCGAUGGUCAGGUUUGCCAGAGAAAACCGAGUAUGUCUCAAAGGUGCUGGAUGUGGAGGCUGGCAAAUUGUGCUAUAUCAUUGGAACCGUCUAUAUGGAUAUGCCUCUCAAGCCUAAUAUUCUUGAAGACAUUACAAAAGAGAAUUACAUUGUCUCCCAACCACCACCACCAAAAUAUGUUAGCGCGGAUGCCACGGUGGCCAUGGAAGAUGAAUCCGGAAGAGUUGUAUUGAGCGGCACCAGAUUGCAAUCUGAAAACCUAGUCACAGGAACCAUCAUUGCGGCGUUGGGCAAGGAAAACGCUUAUGGAGAGUUCGAAGUAGUAGAUAUUUGCACACCCGGUUUACCCGAUCCAAAUCCUACACCUAGAAUGGAGAUUGACACUCCUGACAACAAGUAUGUUGCGCUGCUCUCGGGAUUGAAUUUCGGAGCAGGUGGAGACAGCAGUAUGCGACUUGAGAUGCUACUAGAGUACCUCACCGGUGAAUUAGGAGAUAGUCAGGACUCGCAAGCUUCACAAUCAAUUGUUAAAGUAGUACUAGCUGGAAAUUCGGUCACAGAAAGGAAGGUUAUUGUGGAUGACAAGAAACCGAAAAAAUACGGCUACGAUUCAACUAUCUAUGAUGCUUCUCCUGUCAUGGCAUUGGAUAAGUUCCUUCAGCAGUUAUGUUCAAGUGUCAACGUAGAUAUAAUGCCUGGCAAGAACGACCCUUCAAACGCACACCUUCCACAACAACCCUUGCAUCACUCACUUUUUACCACUUCUCACAAGCUAUCGUCUCUCAAGCCCGUUACCAACCCACACUGGUGUGAAAUAGAUGGUGUUAGUUUCUUGGGAACGUCAGGACAAACGAUUGAUGAUCUUGAUAGGUAUACCGAGGGUUGCGAACGAAUCCAACUGGCUGAAUUCACAAUGUCCUGGCGACACAUUGCACCAUCCGCUCCAGAUACGCUAUGGUGCUAUCCAUUCCAAGAUCGAGACCCUUUCAUCGUUGAACAAUGCCCGGAUGUCUAUUUCAUAGGGAAUCAGCCCAACUUCGACACCAGUGAGCUUGUAGGGUCUAAAGGACAACGCGUUCGAGUCAUUACCGUUCCCUCGUUUUCAGAGACUGGCUGUCUUGUGCUUGUCAACCUGUCAUCUUUACAAUGUAAACUAGUUUCUAUUUGUCCUCCCGAUAACUCAUCAUAAUCCCCCGCAUAUGUGUGGAUUUUCGCCUUAUCACCCACCCUUACACCCUCGCCAAACCAUAAACUCUUUAAAAUAAAACUACGCAUUAAAAGGAUUAGUAAAGGG